AUGUCUACACCACAGGCAUCGACAAGCCAAAACACGCUUCAGGAUUCCGAAGAACUUGACCGACUCGAACAAGAAAAACCCACAUCAAAAUUCCCAGAAGGUGGCACUCGAGCUUGGAUGGUGGUUUUAGGGGCAUUUUGUGUGUCAUUCUCAACCUUUGGAUACAUGAACGCUUUUGGGGUUUACCAAGAAUACUACACCGAGCAUUUUCUCGCCCACGAGAGUUCGUCCAACAUCGCUUGGAUCGGAUCUGUCCAAGUCUGCUUUCUUUUCUCUGGCAGCCUCAUCGGUGGGCCAUUAUUUGACCGAUAUGGUGCUUCGAUCAUUCACGUACCAGCAAUCGGCAUCGUACUCUCAGUGAUGAUGACAUCCCUUUGCAAAACUUAUUAUCAGUUCAUGCUUGCCCAAGGGGCUCUGGGUGGGAUUUCAUCUGGCAUGUUGUUUGCACCGGUCAUGACAUGUGUGAGCCAUUACUUUCAUACGCGACGCGCUGCAGCCCUCGGCGUGACGGUUUCGGGGUCUUCUAUUGGGGGAGUCUUGUUUCCUAUUGCUUUGACCCAGAUGUUGAGAAACAAGUCCCUUGGAUUUGGAUGGUCCGUCCGAAUUGCGGGCUUCCUCAUCUUGUUUAUGGUGUCGAUAGCAAUGGCGACUAUAAAGGAGCGACUACCCCCUCGUCAAGGCAAGAUUCUGUUGCCAUCAGCCUUUACUCGCGCAUCUUAUACCCUCGUUACCUUCGGUAUAUUUUUCAUGAUGUGGGGGAUGUUUACACCGUUCUUCUAUCUCCCACAAUACGCUCAAUCCCAUGGAAUGAGCUCGCACCUUUCUUCCUAUAUCUUGUCAAUUGUCAAUGCUGCCUCUGUCCCAGGCAGAAUUUUGCCAGGCUUGGCUGCAGAUAAACUUGGCCGUUACAACAUCUUGAUCAUCAACGGUGCCUGCGCUGGGAUUCUGCUUUUGUGCUGGAUUGCGACAAGCUCGAAUGCGUCGAUCAUUGUAUUUUCAGUGUUGUAUGGCUUCUUCUCCGGUGGGAUUGUGUCACUAAUGUCUCCUUGCAUUGCCCAAGUUACCCCAAGUCCGGACCAGAUUGGUACGCAUCUUGGAAUGUCAAUGGCGAUUAUUGGUCUCGCUGGUCUGACUGGGACUCCUAUAUGUGGGGCUUUGCUGGAAAGAUAUGGAAGUUACACGCAGGCCGCGGUAUUCAGUGGAGUGGUGAUGUUGGUUGGGGCAUUUCUGGUCACUGUGGCGAGGUUCAAUCUACAGGCGAAGUUCCUGAAAAUUGUAUGA